UGCUCCAUAUGGGAUUAGCCUAUAUAGUUUAAAUUUGAUUUAUUUAGCUAGAAUCGUGUGUAUUGUUAAUACUUAAUUGUGUUUGCUAAUUUAAAAAGAUUAAAAGAGAUAAACUUAAAUCUAUUUUGAUAACCUAAAUUAAGAUAUGGAAGAUAGUGCAGAUUAAUGAAUCGUGGGCCACUAAGUACAAAUUUGCCCUCAAAUAAUUCACAAAUUACCAUUACAAUUUACAAACGUGGGAAACAGAACCACGCAUAUAACUCUCAUUGCUAUGAAACAAAGGACUCAUAAAUCACGCAGAGAAUAGGAAUCGAAAGCACUACAACAUGAGCUCCGCCCAAACGCAAGGUACCAGUGGCGUCGUCCGCGGUGGUCGGAUAAAUAAGACCGACCAAACGCGUCAUAGUUGGUCGAGUAGAGAGGAGGAGGCUCUUUUGGCGGCGUUGAAAGAGUUAGUUGUGCAAGGUUGGAAAUCCGACAACGGAUUUCGUGCGGGUUACUUGAAUAAAUUAGAGGAGGCAAUGAAAAAAGAGGAUCCACAGACCGAUUUGAAAGCUAUGCCACACAUAAAUUCAAAAACAACGACGUGGAAGAAGAAUUACAACUCGUUAUGUACCAUGUUGGAUGUUACUGGCGUCGGCUUCAACUUGGAUGGCAAGCACAUGAUCGAUUGCACUAAUGAGCAAUGGGAACAUAUUGUGAAGAAAGAUAACAAUGCACGUAAUAUGAGAAAAAAAAGUUGGCCCUACUUGGAACAAUGGAGUGAGAUUUUCGGAAAGGAUAGGGCCACCGGAGAUGUCGCGGAAGAUCUAAUGGAGGCAGCGCGUCAAACGUAUCACAAUAUCGAUCUCACCCAAACUGAGGAAGUCAAGGGUGAUUGCAAUGUCUCGCUAGAUGAUCUUAAUGAAAGCGGACAUAUUGAUGACAGUGUUAGCCAAACACACAAACCCGAAGCUGGAGUACGUGUACCGAGCAAGAAAAAAAAGAAUGGUGAUGAUAGGAUGUUCGAGGCGAUGACCGAGAUCAGUCAUAGUACGAACACCAGACUUGACACGAUUGCAGGCAGAAUGGGCUAUGAUUUUGAUGUUUCCAAAGCGAGGAAAGACGUCUUUGCUCAACUUGGAUCAAUCAAUGGCUUGUCCAAAAAGGAUAAGUUCAAGGUUGUUGAUUUACUUGUAAAAGAAACUGAGCGCCUAGAUUUGUUUAGUAGUCUAUCGGUUGAAGAAAAGACGGAUUACGUUCACUACCUCAUUGCGGAGAAGUUGAAGUAGACACGGUGGAAGUAUUUUGCCGCGAUGCCAUUGUCUUGUAGGUUUAAGUUGCUUUUAUGUUGCUUUUAUGUUUGAAUUGAUCUACCCUAUUCGAAUAGUUGAACUUACAUUGGAAACUUAGAUUUAGUCAUUAUUGUUUAUGAUUAGUGACCAUUUUUUUAUGGGAAUUUUUACAUGAUAUUAUGCCAUAUGAUUUAUAGAUGCUUUAUAUGAUAUUGAUAUUUCUAUGAUGGGUAUUGUAUCGGGCAGUUGGCGUGCUGUUUCUAGUCACUUUGUUCUUGCUACAUU